AUGCCAUCCAUAGCAGGAAAAUAUCAGCACUACAAAAAUGAUAACAUUGAUGACUACUUCUCUGCUGUUGGUGUCCCUUUUAUGGGCAGAAAAAUGAUGGGAUUGUCAUCACCACUUAUGGAGAUAACAGUUGAUGGUGAUAAUAUGACAAUUAAAACAUCAUCUUUGUUAAGAACAGUAGAAUACAAAUUCACCCUUGGAGAGGAAUAUGAAGAGGAAAUGCCUAGUAAAACUGUUAUUAAGAGUGUAUCAAAAAUGCAGAAUGAGAAUGAGUUGAUAACAGAAUCUGUGAUACCAGAGACAGGAGAGAAAACUUCCAGGCAUUACCUAUUUACAGAUGAAGAGUGUGUCAUUACAUUAACUCAUGAAAAGGCAAAGACCCCUGCUAAAAGGUAUUUCAAAAGAGUAACUUCCUAA